CCUGGUCCGCAUCACGAGGUUGAAUUCAUUUUUUUCCCGGUGGGUUGUUUGUUUUUCCUUUCAUGUUCGGUGGUUCGGUCGGUCGGUCAAACAGCAGCACUCUUCUUGAUAUGCCCUCGUUCGCCUGAGCGUGAUGGGCGAUGAACGGGAAAUCGCAGAUAUUACACUUCAACUUUUGGCAAGAGCGGGAGAAAUUACACAAAAAGAACAGGGCACGAUGCCUUCUGCAACACUGGCAUCGAGAGUCCGGACGGGAGCAGGAGCAAGCGUUGAUCAGAUCAGCUCGAAGACCGCACCAGCACAUAGUGGGGUAGGGAAUCGCCAAGGAUCAUACGAGCACAGAGGACGACACAAGACCAUCAAAGACGCAGCUCUAGAAACUGCCCAAUAUGCUGGAGAUCAAGUCCUACAACCAUCUAUCACGCCUACAGAGACCAUGAAGAUUCUAGGUCCUCUCCCAGUGCGGAGGGCCUGGAGGGUCAGGCCCGGCCGCGCAUCACCAGACAUCUCACAGGCGCCUGUGUUGGAAGCAGUUAUGCUUCAUGAGCGAGGAGACCUGCAAGGCUCUGAGGACCAAUGCUCAAUAUGCCGGAGGGGAGACGGCAUCUCAUCAGAGUGCGUCAAAAUGCCAGGCAUCUACAGUGGUGCUUGCAGCAAUUGUCUGCUGGCACGCACAUCCGAUCGACCAGGAUCAUCGGCGAGGCCGGUACGGAGCUAUUCCGCCGAACGGCGGUCCAUCUCCGCGACUAUAUCACCAUCCAUACCAAAGGAGGAUCUGAUUGCUGUGUGGAACCUCAUUGCGGGCGUGAUCGCAACGCAACCCCAAGAAUGCUUCACCGAGGACGGAUCAGAGCCACCGGGGAAGAAAAUCGAAGACGCCGCUCGACUAGUGGCGAGGUCGGCAGACGAAUGGGGUCAUACGAUCAAGGAGGAAGAAUCAGAUCCGGGGAAGACACCCAAAACGCCUUCGGAGAGAAGCAGGCUUGUCAGACAAGCAACCAGAAUUCGAGAGACAGCGUUGCAGAUUGCGAAUUAUGCUAGAAUUUGGGGCGAAAAGUUGGAGAGGAAGAGGUCUUCUUCACAACUACGGUGAGAGAGAGUUGCGGUUAGACAGUACGCAACCACAAGAUCACAAGUCAAGCACCUAGGUAAAUCAAAAGCGACAUGUCAAUGCUUACUAGGAUUCCGGUCAAAUUGAACAUGAUUCAAAGUCACAUAUGCCGAGUGAAAACUCUUCUCUGCGUGCAUUUAUCUGGCCCAUUUUUCUCGCCGUCUUGCAGGACAAUUCUACACAGGG